AUGAAUAUAUUUCACAAACUUAAUAUUGAAGACAGGCGUAACAACAGCAAUAAACUGAGAGCUGCAGAUUUUCUUCAGAUAACCAAACAUUCAUUACAAUCCCAUGAAUCUUGUGCUGAAGAAGAGCUGAUCCACACUUUCACAAGAAAAUUACUGAUGAUGAACUACAGAGCCAGAUACAUUACAACUAAAAAGAUCAAUGAACAGAAUGACACAAAACGAAGAUAUAAUAACUCAUCUGAAGAAGAGAGUGAUAUUUACAUUGAACUUUCUUUGUCAAAGAAAGGAAAAAGUCAACCAGAACGAAUCGAUCCGAUGGAUGUUCAGAUGGCCGUGUUUCAUUGUGCUGAUGGUUUCCUGAAACAGCUGAUGUUUACUAAACUGUCCCAGUGUCAGUACGCUCUGCCUCUGCUUGUUCCUGAUCCAUUCACACAGCAGAUUGAGUUUCCUCUCUGGACAUUCAGACAAAUCAGCAAGAGCUGGAAGAUGAGAAACAUCAGUCAAACCCAGCCAAUCUACAAGGCAGAAACUCCAAUGGUGUUUUUCUUCAGGUUUGCUUCUGUGUCUUCAUCCAAAUCUCAGCUGAUGAACAGUCUGAUCAAUGAGAAACACAACACAUUCUUCCACAGGCACUGCCAAGGCAGCAGCAGAACCAGAGUCCUGAUGGAUGGAGUGGUGGAGAUUGUGUGGUUCUGCCCCUCUGGAAAAAAUGAGGAAAAAUUCACUGACUGUGUUGCCUUCUGUAAUCUACAUGGUAAUGCAGGAGACCAUGAGAAACAGCUCCAUACACUCACUGAAAUGGCCUCAGUCAAUGUUGUUCUUCUACCACAACUGGACUGGAAUGACAGGAGGAUAGAAUUAGAAAAUCUAUAUAAGGACUCAAAGCCACUUAUUUGCCUUUUUACUGAGGAUGAAUCUACUGUCAUUGAGACACAGAAAGGAAAAUACAAAAUUGGUUUGAAAGACAGAAAUCAGUCAGAUGUGUCUGAAGAACCCAGAAGAGCUAUAAACAAUUGUCUCUCAGAAUCAUCUUCCACUUUCAGACUUGAAGAUAUUUGCAAACACUCAGAAAUCAGAGUAGAUGAGGAAGAUGAUGAUGACUGCAGUAGAGGAAUAGAAGCAGCGCGGAGGAUGAUGAGUUUACUGGAGAAUAAAGAUUUGACAGAUAUCAAAGUAAAAUUUCUGCCCUGUCAGGGGAAACUGUGGCAUCAGUGGUGUCAGAAGAACAAAGAACUACAUCGACCUCAAGGAGAUGAUCUAGAAAUGGAAAGAAGUAAAAAAAUAACUGAGAUGAAAAAUAUCCGUCAACAGCAGCAUGAAUCUGAUAUGAGUGAGUUUAUGAAGCUCUUCAUUAAAGAAAUGAACUCACAUUGUAUAAUUAAUGUGUUUUUCCUUUACUGGCUCAAAAUCUUAUUGGAUCAAUAUAUUUCAGCAGAUCGUUCUGCUUUACUUUACAAAUACAACGAAACAUGGUCAGAUUUAGAGAACGAGGAAAAAUCUGAACAACUCACAGUGACACAAACCAAACUUGAGAGAAUAUCUGAGGAUCUUCAAGCUGCAACCUUUGGUUUGGAGCACAUCAUGAGGGAGAUCGGUCAGGUCUAUGAAUCAUGUGAAUCUGUGAAGAAGGACAAGAAAGGCAAACUGUUUCAAUUCUGUUCCCUCCCAAGUCUUGCAGCAGAGAUGAUGAUCUCUGGAUUUCCACUGGAGCUGAUGGAUGGAGAUGCUGCUCAUGUUCCUGUGAUCUGGAUCUCUGCUGUUCUAGAUCAACUCAUCCAGAAACUAGGAGACAAGAGAGUCUUUGUUCUGUCAGUUUUAGGGAUUCAGAGUUCUGGGAAAUCUACAAUGCUGAAUGCCAUGUUUGGACUGCAGUUUGCUGUCAGUGCUGGCAGGUGCACCAGAGGAGCUUUCAUGCAGCUGCUCACAAUCUCAGAUGAAAUGAAAACACAUUUGAACUUUGACUAUAUUCUGGUUGUUGAUACUGAGGGACUUCGUGCUCUAGAACUGGCUGGAAGAUCAAGAAAUCAUGACAAUAAACUGGCCACAUUUGUUGUUGGUCUUGCAAAUUUGACAGUAAUCAACAUCUUAGGAGAAAACCCUGGUGAGAUGCCGGACAUUCUUCAGAUUGUUGUUCAGGCCUUCAUGAAGAUGAAGAAGGUCAGACUGAAUCCCAGUUGUGUGUUUGUGCAUCAGAACGUUUCAGACAUCACAGCUGGAGAAAAAAACAUGGAGGGAAGGAAGCGAUUGCAGAAGACACUGGAUGAGUUGACAAAACUCGCCGCUGAAGAGGAAGUUUAUGAUGCAGAAUGUUUCAGUGAUGUCAUUAGAUUUGAUGUUCAGAAAGAUGUGAAGUAUUUCACUCAGCUCUGGGAGGGAAACCCACCCAUGGCACCACCAAACCCAAAGUACUGUGAGAACAUUCAAGAAUUAAAGGAAACUAUUAAAACUCAUGCCUCAGAAUCACAUGGAAUUACACUGAAAGAAUUCAAAGAUCAUAUUAUAGCUCUCUGGGAGGCCUUACUGAAUGAAGGAUUUGUCUUCGGCUUCAGAAAUACUCUUGAGAUUUCAGUCUACAGGAAACUGGAGACAGAAUACAGCAAGUGGUCCUGGAGUCUUCGCAGUUCCAUGAUGGAAACUGAGAACAAACUACAUAACAAAAUAGAAAAUGGAACAAUUCAUGAGGUUGAUGAAACUGAUCUUCAAAGAGAACUAAAUAAUACAAGUGAAGAAGUUGAAAAAUUAAUGUCUGAAUUCUUUGAGAAAAGCACAUAUGCAGAUAUACUGAUUCAGUGGAAAACAUCAUUUGAAAUCAAAAUCAAAGAGCUUCAGGCAAAGGUUGUGAGAGAAACAAAGAGAAAACUAAAUGAGAUUCUUCAACAGCGAGACCUGAUGAAAAACAUUGAUGCUCAGAGAAACCAACUUGAAAGCACUCUCUAUGAAAAGAGCAAAGAACUUGGUUUAAAACUCAAAGACAAAGCAAAAGAUGAAAAAACACUGAAGAAAGAGUUUGACUCGUUCUGGAAACAGUGUGUGAAUAAGAUUAUCACAGACAGUCCUGCAAUCAAAGACAUUGACAUAAUGAGGGAUGUGAGAAAAGUCCUCACUGAUAUCUAUGAAAGUGCUCCUGUUGGUCACUGGAAGGGCAGCAGAGAUAUUUUCACUGUGGCGAGUUAUUCAGAUUAUGUUAUUUUCAAAAAUUCCACAAAAAAAGGGAAUAAAUGGUCUUUUAAGACUUCUCGCAAAGCAGGAUCUACUCAAACUUUAUCUCAAGAAGAAGAAAGCAAAAUACAAUCAUUAGUAACAGAUGUUAUUCAGCAGACAGACACAAUGAUUAAGUCAUUUAACAUUUCAAAGAUGGGCUACAACAUUAGCUACAUUCAACAACUCGCAGAUUAUAUCAUUGCUACAGAGCAUAAGGAAAGAAUAGAUAAAUAUGGGUUAAAGAAUGAAUUCUUCAUGGAUUUGGUUUAUUCCAUCUGUAAGAGAGCAAACAAUAUGAUCACUGACCAACACAAACUGUACAGAGAUGCUAAUGAUCCUGUAAGAUAUAUUAAUAAGAAAAGAGAAGAGUACUAUAGUGUUUUCCAGAAAUACUGCAGAAAAGUCACAUCAGCUGUUAUUUUUGGUGAGAUCAUCUGUCAGAAACUCAAAGAGCCCAUUGAGCAGAGUGUCUACAAGAAGACUGCCAGAGAUUUGGCAGAUGAAAUGAGAUCAAACUGUGAAUCACUGAAUGGAAACAGAUCAAAUAUGGAGAAACACAUCCUGAAGACACUGAUUGAAAAGCAGGAUUUUGACAAAUACAUGAACUACAUUAAAACACCUAGAAAUCACUUUAAGAGUUUCAUCAGAGAAGAAGUCAGUCGGUACAUCACUGAUAAGUUCAGUGUCAGUGUUUUACCCAAGAUGAAGGAGAACAUUAAACUUCUGCAGCAGAUGAUCACGAAAGCAGCUCAUGAAUCUACUGAACAUGUUGAAGUGAACAGUGGAGAUGUUGGUUUGUGGUUGAAGAGAUUCACACAGCAGCUCUCAGACGAGCUGAUCUUCUCUGAAAAAGACCUCAGUGGAGUCAAACAAGAUGAUGUUGAUGAUUUCAAUCUCCUGGAAGAUGUGAUAACACAAGAACUCUCAGCUAUAAUAUCUGAGGUCAGCAAAGGAGUCAACACAAAGACUUUUCCAGCAAAUCUGGAUUAUAAAUUCAGACCAGAUGAGCUUCUGAUUGAUCUCUUCUGUCAGUGCUGUUGGGUUCAGUGUCCAUUCUGUGCAGCCAUCUGCACAAACACCAUAGAAAACCAUCAUGGAGAUCACAGUGUUUCUUUCCAUCGUAAUACUGGACUGAAUGGGUGGUCUUACAAUAGAACAACAAAUUUGUGUAUUAACAUCUGCACAUCAUCAGUAGCAAGUGAUGGAUGUUUUUUUCCCAAUGACUCAGAUGAUACAGUCCCCUGGAAAAAAUACAGAAAAGCAGGAGGAGUUUAUGCAAAGUGGAGCAUCACCCCUAAUCAAUCAGAACUGCCCUACUGGAAGUGGUUUGUGUGCGAAUUCCAAAAAGAUCUGGAAAAAUACUACAAAAAAACAUUUAAGGGGAGUGGAAAGAUACCAGAUGAAUGGAGAAAAUACACAAAACAGGAAGCUACUGAGAGUUUGGAUAAAUAUAUUUAA